GUGUGUGUAGUGGGGGGGUGCGCAGGGGGCAGCGGUGUCGCGGUGACUCGGGCCCGCGCGCCGUCCAGCGCGGCGCGGGCCCCGUCCCCUGUCCCGGACGUUGGCGCGGAGUCACAUCCGGCGGGAGGGGGCGGGCCUGCGGGCCCCGGAAGUGUGGGCGCGGGCCGUGGCUUAACCAGCGGCGGCGGUGGCGGCGGCAGCGGUGGCGGCGGCGGCCGGGGGCAGGUUUCUCAUGCGUAAAAUGAGGAAAGCCGAAGGCCACGCAGCCACGAGGGCCCGGUGUGAGGAUCAGCCCAGCUGCUGCGGACAGAGUGCCUAGGACACGGCCCGGAGCAUCAUGUCAGCUCCUCUGGGACGUGUCCCUUGCUCUUUCUCUGAGAGUUGCGCCGGCCCCCGCAGGGCUCUGGAAGUGCCCAGGAGCACCCGCUCUCUCUCUGUGCCCUGCUGGGAAGAUGGAGACUCUGAAGGACAAGACCUUGGAGGAGCUGGAGGAGAUGCAGAAUGACCCGGAGGCCAUUAACCGGCUGGCCCAGGAGGCCCCCGAGGUCCAGGACCUGCAGCUGGAGCGGGAGAUGGCACUGGCCACCAACCGGAGCCUGGCGGAGCGGAACCUGGAGUUCCAAGGCCCCCUGGAGAUCAGCCGCUCCAACCUCUCGGACAAGUACCAGGAGCUCCGGAAGCUCGUGGAGCGGUGCCAGGAGCAGAAGGCGAAGCUGGAGAAAUUUUCUUCAGCGCUGCAGCCAGAGACCUUGUUAGACCUCCUGCAGAUCGAAGGCAUGAAGAUCGAAGAAGAGUCUGAGGCCAUGGCUGAGAAGUUCCUGGAGGGCGAGGUGCCCUUGGAAACGUUUUUGGAGAACUUUUCCUCCAUGAGGAUGCUGUCCCAUCUGCGAAGGGUGCGCGUGGAGAAGCUCCAGGAUGUGAUGAGGAAGCCCAGAGUUUCCCAGGAGCCGGCUGGUGACGCCCCUCCUCCACGGCCGCCGCCCCCACCUCGCCCGGCCCCUCCGGCGACACCCCCUGUGGCCAAAGAGCCGUCCCCGCCACCUUCAGUAGUGCCACCUUACCCUUUGCCCUACAGCCCAUCCCCUGGCAUCCCCGCGGGCCCUACCGCCCAGGGCCCGCUCCAGCCGGCCCCCUUCCCGGUGCUGUCCCAGCCCUCGUUUCCCUACGGGGGGCCUUUGGGCCCCCCUUACCCGGCAGCCCACCCGGGACCCCGGGGUGCUGCGGGCUACCCCUGGUCCCCACAGCGGAGCACACCUCCCCGGCCAGGCUAUCCCGUGGCCCCCACUGCUGCCUCUGGCCCCGGGUACCCCUUGGCGGGGAGCCGGGCCCCCAGUCCUGGUUAUCCUCAACAGGCCCCCUACCUCUCGCCAGGAGGAAGACCUCCCUACCCAACGCAGCCCCCGCUCCCGAGCUUCCCAGGUCAGCCCCAGCCCUCAGGACCCCCUCAGCCACCCUACCCCACUGGGCCCGCGCCUCCCUAUGGGUUUCCACCACCUCAGGGUCCUACCUGGCCUGGGUAUUAGACAGCAUCCUGGCCCUCGGUCCUUCUCUCCUCCGACCUGUCCCACAGCCCUUGGCCCACCCGCCACUGAGAUUCGAGGUUAAAUUGGAAGUGGACUGGUGUCAGCACACGGGGGCCUUGCGGGGACCUGGUUGGGAGCGUGGAGGCCUGGAAAACACCAGGCAGGGUGACUGGCUCCGCCACCGCAGCGCUCCAGCGCCCUGGCCUCCCAGGGCAGGGGUUGGGGGUUGGGGGAAGGGGGCGCCUCCUUUUAGUGACUGACUUAGGUCUUCUGGUGCUAGCCAGGCGGGGAGUUCGGUACCUCUUCAUGAGUGUCCCUGUGAGCGAGCAGGAGCACGUGUUUGAGGACACGUCCUUGUGCCUGCGCUCGCGGACACUGGAACCAAAUGCAGUGAUCUCAGUGAGGCGGGGGCUGGCCUCUGGCCCCUGCUCGCCCCCUCCCUCUCUCCUGGGAUUUGGCGGGUUCAUCCCGGUGCCCACAGCCUGGGAUGCCACUCCGUGUCUACUGGUCCUUUCAAGGAUGGCCUGCCCCACGCAUCAUGUUUGGGGUUGGAUUGGGGGGGAGUGCAGUUAGGAAGAACACUUGCUGACUUUUAAGUCCCAUAAAGCCAUAAUUGAACUCUGCUAGGCCCGUGUCAGAGAAGCGUGUCGUGUGAGCUGGUCUGAACGGUGGCGGCGGAGCCGGGGCGGUGAGAAGCUGGGGGCUGUGAAGGAGGAGCCCAGACCUUGCUUGCACUGGUUGGAGAAUCCAAGGGGUCGCCUUGCCUGGAUGGGAGGGCGCAGCUCUGGCCCAGGAGAUCGUGGUCAUGCCGGACUCAUUUAGGAGAGGAGGGCCGGGUCACCUCCCUGCCACGCUCUUCUUGGGGCCCUCCGCUUCGGGCUGACUUCUGGGAUUCCCAGCCCCCCAGCCAUCCACUCCUCUAGUGCCUUGAGUCUCAUCCACAGCAGCCCCCCUUCCGCCCCCGCCCCGUUCAUCUCCGUCCUCUGGCUCCUGGCAUUGCCCCCCGCCCAGCACCCCUCCUCAGACAGACAUCACAGGACGCCCAGCAGUGACUUCCCACCUGGUGCUUUCUCAGACACCAUCGCUCUGUCGACGGAGUCCGUUUCUUGGCUCUUCUCUCGUCUUCGGAAUGUACAGGGCAGGGACUGUGACUCCCUGCCACUCGCGGCCCCCGGCAGCUGGGGGUUUUAAGCACGUUCAGUAAUAAUGAAGGCAGUAGACCAAAGGGAUGUGAUGAACGAAGCAUUAACUUGAUUGUUGGGGAUAUGAACCGGGUCUCAAGGGCAGACUCCGGAGCUGCUAUCAGCUAGGAAGUCACACGUGCCUUGCAAUGUCCACUACUUGAGGACCCAGCGUCUGGUGGGGCCCGGGGUGCCGGGGGCCUGCGGGGAAACUCGACCUUCUGGUGCCUGCCCCCGGCCCGCGCCAUCAGCGGGCGUUCUCCAUCCGCGCCCUCGGUUGCUUGCCAAUUGUGCUUGCUUCUCAUAAGUUAUUUAUAAAGAGAAAUCACUAAUGGACUCUGCUGGUUCGAGAGCUUCCGGACCGGGUGAACGAUCGCUGGUGUUUGUAGAAUUCAUUGCCAUAAUAAACUUUGAUGAGUUACACAUGG